UAACGAUGUUAUGAAAGAUGCCUGUCAUUCUGACAUAUUUUCAUUACAUUUUUCAGUAACAUUAGUAUUUUAUCAGAAUAUGAUUGAAUCUCAGGAGUAUUUCAAGGCAAUCUCUAAUAUAAUUAAUAUAAGUGGAGUCGACAAGUGCAGUAUAAAUCCAGAAGCGAGUUUGUCCAUAGUAAAAUGCAUUGGUAGAGAUACAGUUGUGAAAGAGCUCAUACCAGCUUACCAUUCGCGAGAGUCUGUGGAUUAUGAGCCCAGGAAAGAAUCAUCGAUAUGUUUCAGUUACAUUGAUAUUGACGGUAAGGUAGUCCACAGACGUGUUAAACCUCCACAAAAUUGUGAAUAUUUUUUGGACUACGAAGACUUCACCCAUAUUUUCGUCGACGAUAUUUUGCAAACAGCAGCUGAAAUUCUCGUCAAUAAGUAUGGCAAAUAUGUGACAGUCAAUACUAGGAACCCUUCGACUGUGAAAAAUAUCGUAUCAUGGCCCGCAGUCAACGAUUUCACCGUGAAUCUUGGUACUACAAAACUCAAAGAGUACAUAGAUUUCACGUCAGAUGUGAACGAAAACUGGCUUUAUGCCGUCAACCUUAUCGCCGAGCAAAGCAACCAAGUCAGCGAUUUCUAUAAGUACGAAGCCAAGUUUGCCAUCCCGACCAAAUGCUACCCAAUUGCUCAGGCCACGGUUAGCAUUUUUUUCACGUACGAGGUGUCAAGAGUGAAGCCUAAGCAUUGCCCAGUAGAUGUAACAUAUCAGAUCGAGGGAAGUAGAAGUAUUUUAGUGCCUGGAAGACAUAUCAUCACUGAGAACAUGCUGUUCAGAGUGGUGGAUGCGAAGAUUGCUUUCUUCAAAACGGUCAAGUAUUAGAGAUUUAUGAUGUUAAAGAUAACUGAGCUUCGUUAUAAAUGAAAAGAUGCGAUUAUAAACAAACUCGAUCAGAUAUAAAGCGAUAUUUCAAUGAUUUAUAAGAUAUUUGUACUUGAUGAUGAGAGACUAAUGAAUUUAAAAUUUUG